AUGAAGAUUCUUUGUUUACACGGACGAGGCUCCAAUAAUGAGAUCUUCCAAGCUCAGACUGCUGCACUUCGCAGUAUUUUAGAUGACUUCACGUUUGACUUUGUGCAAGGGACAGAGCUUCACACCGAAGGUAAUUGGUCGGUAUUUACUACUCAGUUCUCCAACUUGCCCCAGUAUGCAUACUACAAUCCUCUGGUUCCCUCCUCAGUGGUAGAGGCUGAAGAUCAUUUAUUGGAUCUCAUCGAGCAAGAGGGGGGGUUUGAUGGAGUAUUGGGUUACUCCGGGGGGGCCGCCUUUGCAGCUCAAGUAAUCAUCCGACACAGCCAAAGGGAUACGGUCGAGCCAUUGUUUCGUUUCGCAGUAUUCAUUAACGGAGGGACACCGCUUAAAGCCUUCUCUUUGAAUGAAGAGAAGGUGCUGGUGGACGUGGUGGAUACUACGGUGCUUGAUAAGGAACUGGAGGAUACCUACUUGCGCCCAUCGAACAUGCGAGUCCGUAAGGGCGAUAGCAGAGAAGAGGCAGAAAAGGCCAUUGAAUCUAGAAAGAAAGAGAUCAAAGCAGUCAAAACAGGCAUGCUCGCUGAUGGAAGAUAUUGUUUAACAGAUGGCAAACUUGGGUUGACAAGAUACGGAGCAGAGGAUGGGCCUCUUAUUGACAUUCCAUCACUGCACAUUCGUUGUCCAAAUGAAGACGAUGCCGACUUGGGACUUAAUUUGUUGAAUCUUUGCAAUCCAGAGUUAGCUCGGGAGCACCAUCAUCCCUUUGGACAUGAUUUCCCCAGAGGUCAAGACGAAAUGCGAAAGAUUGCAGAAAGGAUUAUGGAGGUGGCGGAAUUAGCAUAA